AUGUCUGCUCAGCCAGAAAACCACCAGAUGGAGGGCGUUCAGGACCCCACUACCAAGAGCAAGGGCAAGGGCAGGGCACAGGAGGGUGAUGCCAUGGAGGAAUCCAAUGAUGAUGACUCCAGCGAUGAAUCUGGCGCUGAAGACCAGGCUGGUGAAGUCGAGGAGCCCGAUGAGGAUAACAUGGAGGAGAUCGAGACGGACAACAUCCUCACGAGUCGUACACGCGGUAAGAACAUCGACUUCGCCAAGGCCAAUCAGGAGCUUGGCGACGACGACGAAGAAGACGAUGACGAGGACUUUGUCGACCCUGAUGAUGAGAUGAAGGACUAA